GUUUUAUUGCGCCGCACUGUAGCGCACUGCUAAUACCGGCGUUACACAAGCGUUUUUAGCGCUGUCAUCACAGAGACAGGCCGGGAGACUGAACUUAUGUAACAGCUGUCCGGGACGCUGCUUGCCAGGCUUGUGCUGUCGCUCCCUCGGCGGAUACCGGAACCUCCCCUCUCUUCGGAUGGGAACCUCGUCAGCAAUGGACCCCUGUGCCCCACAGCCGCCGCUGUUCACCUUCGGCCUGAUCGCCGACGUUCAGUACGCGGACAUCGACGACGGGUUCAACUUCACCCGGACGAGGAGGCGCUACUACCGGAGCAGCCUGCAGCUGCUGAAGAACGCCCUGAGGAGCUGGUCCGAGUCGGCUGUCAAGCCCGCGUUCAUCCUGCAGCUCGGGGACAUCAUCGACGGCUUCAACAAGCCCCGCGGCGCCUCGCAGCGGGCGCUGGACGCCGUGCUGCGCGAGUUCGCCUCCUGCCCCGUCAGGGUGCACCACGUGUGGGGCAACCACGAGUUUUAUAACUUCAGCAGGAGCGAGCUGGUGGGCUCCCCGCUGGACAGCAGCCCGUACGCGGACAGUGGGCCGAGCGAGGUCCCGGGUCAGGACCCGAUCUACGCCUACCAGUUCAGCCCGUUCCCCGGCUUUACCUUCGUGGUGCUGGACGGGUACGACGUGAGCCUGCUGGGCAGGCAGGAGUCCAGCGAGCAGUAUAACAACGCCAUGAAUCUGAUUAAGCUGUACAACAACAACGAGGAUCUCAACUGUCCACCAGAGCUGGAGUGCCACAGUCGGUUCACCAUGUUCAACGGCGGCUACAGCCGGGAGCAGCUUGACUGGCUGGACUCUGUGCUGUCGGCGGCGGAUGAAAAACAGGAGCGAGUCACCAUCGUCAGUCACCUCCCAGUCCACCCCUACUCCACGGGCUCCGUUUGUCUAGCGUGGAACUAUAAGGACCUUCUGGCCAUAAUCCGGUCCCACAGCUGCGUGGUGUGUUACAUGGCGGGCCACGCCCACGACGCCGGCUACUGCCUAGACCAGGACACGGGCGUGCACCACCUCACAGUGGACGGGGUGAUCGAGACCGUUCCCGACAGCGACGCCUACGGGACGGUCUCCGUCUACGCAGACAAGAUGGUGCUAGCGGGGAAAGGCAGGAUGGCGGAUCGGGUGUUGCUGUUUCUCUGACGACGGCGCGACUCGGGUCUUCAGGGCAGAGUCGCACGGCUAGACGGACAGUUUCAAAAUGUCCGGCACCCUUUUUUAUACGAGUCCCUUUAUUGGAAGAAUUGCACUUCUCACAGAAGGCCUUUUCUGGGCCCAGUUUUCCAAAGCACUGCGCUACUAAUGCACUGCCCCCCAAAAAGUUUCCUGCAGUUAUGCAUUUUUAAUGUACUAAAGUUAAAAUACAAAAGCACACUACAAAAAGAGAACUAAAAGGAAAUAUUUUUUUCUUAAAAUGAGUGUAUAUGUCCUUGAUUUGAGCAGGCAAGUUUUAAAUUAUCUUCCAGUUGAACAAGAUUUUUGCCCCCAAAAUAGGAACAACUCGUCUUCAUCUUAUUUCAGGUGCAGUAUAUCUAAUUAUCUUAUUUUAGGGGUCAAAAUGCUCAUUCCAUUGUGAGAUCCUCUUUUUUUCCCCCUGCUCAAAUCAAGGACAAAUAAACUUUUUGCAGUGCAGUUGCCAGAACAUUUGCACAUUUAUUUAUAUCUAAAUAUAUAAAGAAAGACUUGGUUUCUGUGAGGAUUGCUGCUGUUUGUUUUUAUCCCAUCGCACUUAACCAAGGUUCUUAUUCUGCCUUAUAACUCUGUACGAGACUGCUGUAGUGGAAUUCUGAUUAUAAUAAAAAUAUUUAUGCAUUUCUUUGA